AUGCCUUCAUCGCUUCGUCGUGCCUACCAUUUGACGAACGCUUCCAAUCGUAUCAGGGAUGGACUUAUUGAGAAUGAAAUACCUAGUUCGAAAGCUCCUGUUACUUCAAUAAUUAAUUUCGAAAAUAAUGAAGAUGUUGAAUGUGAAGAUGGUUGUAUUAUUGGUGCUAAUGGUAGGAAACUUACUUCUGCUGUAUGGAAACAUUUUACUCAGGUACAAGUUGGUAAAGAAAUAAAAACAAAAUGUAGUGGUUGUAAGAAGUUGUUUACUGGUGGUGGUAAAAAUGGAACCACACAUCUAAAGGAUCAUUUGAAAAGAUGUUUGAAAGUGAAAAACUAUGUAGAUGUGAAACAACAACUUUUGAAACCAACUAUGAAGGAUUCUCCUAAUACAUUAGGAAUUGGUAGCAAAUACAAGUUUAAUCAACAAUAUUCUAGAAAUGCGUUAGUUAGCAUGAUUUUGAAUCAUGAGUAUCCUCUUGCUAUGGGAAUACAAUGA